ACUCAGUAGAUUUUUUUUUGUUAUUCCGUGCGGGUGCUCUUUCCGCGUAAUAUUAGUGUAAAUUCCCAUAGUCCCUAGUGUUGACAAAAUUGUGAAUGUUGUGCCAGACGGCUGUUAAUUAGCAUAUAGCACUUAUACCAAAUAUAUAUACCAAAAACGAAUUGCAACUCAUCCUCGUCGCGGAACCAAGUGCUUUGUUACUAUUGCCUGUGGUUCAAAAAAAAGAAAACGGGGAGUGAGUAAGUGGGGAGUGGAGCGGAGAAAGGAGAAAGCGAACGCCCCUCGCCCGCGUGCGAUAGAAUCAGAGCCGUAACGGUAAAUCCCAGUCCCGAACAAGCCCAGGAACUCAUCACAAAGUUAUGAACCGCACUAGAAGGAAGGUCGUGCGCCCAAAGAACCCAUACACCAAAGCUAGCUACUUCUCACAAUGGACCUUCUGGUGGAUGCGAGAUCUAUUCAAGCGAGGCCUCAAGGGUCCGCUGACGGACGAGGAGCUGUAUCAGCACAGAAAGACCCUAGAUAGUGAACGGGUUACGAACAAGUUCGCAGAACUGUGGGACGAUGAGUUAAAGCGUAGUGAUCCCAGUGUUGUGAGGAUGAUCCUUCGGGCCUACGGAAAGAUUUUCGUACCCAUGGGUCUGGCCUUCUCCAUAAGCGAAACGAUUUGCAAAUCUCUCAUGCCUCUUUUCCUAGGUGGUUUGGUGGGCUAUUUUGCCACAAAUCAGACGGAUAUCAAAGAACAGACAGCCUAUCUGUACGCCUUAGGAAUUGUGAUCUGCAUGCUGAUUCCUGUGAUAACAUUCCACCCCUUCAUCUUCUACAUCUUUCAAGUGGGCACCAAGCUGCGGCUGGCCCUCUCGGGACUCAUCUACCGAAAGUGCCUGCAGGUCUCGAAGAGCAGCAGCAACGAUGGGCUCCGAGGGAGAGCCAUAAAUAUCUUGUCCAAUGAUCUUGGUCGCUUCGAUGUAGCCUUGUGUUUCCUGCACGACACGUGGAAGGGACCCAUGGAGUCGAUCCUGAUUGGUUUCCUUAUGUACCGGGAGAUUGGAAUAUCAGCUGUUAUCGGCGUAUCGUUUAUGCUGAGCUUUAUCCCACUGCAGGCAUGGGCUGCCAAGAAGGCGGCAUACUAUCGACAAAUGACGGCGGAAAGAACGGAUAUGCGUGUGAAGCUUAUGAACGAGAUCAUCCAGGGCAUUCAGGUGAUCAAGAUGUAUGCUUGGGAGAAAAGCUUUGCCCGAGUAAUCGCCGAGGUUCGACUCAAGGAGGUGAAAGCCAUUCGCGGAACUGCCUACAUCCAUGCUGCCCUCGGUUGCACAUCCAUGAUAUCGCCGAUGUCUGUUUUCCUGGCUCUGUGCUCCUACGUUUACCUAGGUGAUCCUUUGACGGCCCAAAAGGUGUACACAGUGUCGUCCUAUUUUAACAUGCUUAACGAUUCGAUGGUAACCUUUUGGCCCAUGUCCAUUACGUUUAUUGCCGAAGCUCUGGUUUCGGCGAAACGUUGCAAGGAUUUCCUGCUAGACGGCGACAGAGCCGAAGUGCCAAUAAACCUGGAGGCAAAUCAGCAAACGGUCAAGAACAAGCGGAAAAUAAGCAAGAAGGACAAGCAGAAGAAUGUGGAGUUGAACGGAUCACUACUUUCCAAUGGAAAACCGCAGCACAAUCGUUUGAGAGAUUAUGAUCCGGAGGCAACGAAAAAAUGUGUGGUGCUCAAAAACGUGUCUGCUUCGUGGGACGCAAGCGAUGGUCAUGCAAACUGCGCCAUCGAGGACUUCAGUACGGAUAUUCAGGAUCAAACUUUGGCCGCUGUUGUUGGACCUGUGGGAGCCGGAAAAUCCAGCUUUCUGAAUGUUUUGCUGGGCGAAGUGGGCAUUGAUAAAGGAGAGGCCAUGGUGCACGGAAAGGUCUCGUAUGCCUCCCAGGAAAGUUGGGUCUUCGAAGGAACCAUUCGCGAUAACAUCGUUUUUGUGGAGGACUACAACGAGAGAAGGUACAAAAAGGUGGUGAAGGUGUGCGGUUUAGAGCGCGAUAUGGAACUGCUACCUCGAGGAGAUUUGACAGUGGUUGGCGAGCGGGGAGUGAGCCUCAGUGGCGGGCAGAAGGCCCGAGUCAGUCUGGCCCGAGCAGUGUACCGCAAGGCAGAUAUAUAUCUCCUCGACGAUCCACUUUCUGCUGUGGAUACGCACGUGGGCAAACACAUCUUUGACCGCUGCAUACGAGACUUUCUAUCGAACAAGAUACGAAUUCUGGUUACACAUCAGGUGCAAUAUCUGUUCGACGUGGAGCACCUACUGCUGAUGGGCAACGGAAAGAUUAUGGCCCAAGGAAGUUACCAGCAGUUGCAGCGUUCCCGACAGUUCCAGUUUUUGGAGCAGACGCAGCACGACGAGAGUGGCAUCGACACGCACAGUGUUAGCAUUUUGUCGCGCAGCGAUUCCGAAAAGAGCAUGGAGCACCAGCACAACCAGCUCCUCCGCCCAGACGAGGAGGUGGAAGAACUCAACCAGGAGCAGCAGUCCGUGGGUUCCAUCAAAAUGCACGUCUACGCCUCGUACAUCAAGGCUUUGGACAGCACCUUCCUGCUCGGCAUAAUUAUUUCGCUUUUUGUCUGCGCCAGGGUGAUGCUAACCGGAGUGGACUACUUCCUCUCUAGAUGGGUUAUUUGGGAGGAACAAAUAGCUGUUAAUAGCACUACAACCUUGUUAAAGGAAAAUGAUGCAAUGCCAGCCAACGAUACGCUACCUCUUAACACUACGGACCCUUCUGUGACGCCUUUAGUUGCCGGAGACAUCCAAGCAGGGAUCCGGCAGGAACUCGUCCUUUUCUACGCCACAAUUCUGGGAGCCACACUGAUCGUCUACCUAAUCCGUACCUUUGGCUUUUUUAAGAUGUGCCUGCGUAUUUCGCUGCACCUGCACGACAGACUAUUUAGGGGUAUCACCCGAGCCAGCAUGUACUUCUUUAACACAAACUCCUCUGGCCGAAUACUUAAUCGGUUCUCCAAAGAUAUACGCACAGUGGAUACCGAUCUGCCGCACACACUUCUUGAUUGCCUCGCCUUCAUUAUCGAUGUUUCGGGUGUGGUGAUCAUCGUGGCUAUCGCGAACUAUUGGCUGCUGGUUCCUGCUACAAUCAUUGGUGUGAUUUUGGGCAUGAUUCGGUACCUCUAUGUAAAUACCAGUCGCAGCGUUAAACGACUGGAGUCCAUAUCUCGCAGUCCUGUUUUCUCGCUGACAAACCAAACCUUCCAGGGUCUUACCACCAUACGUGCUUUGCAGGCCCAAAGCGCAUUAGAGCAGGAGUUCCAUGAAUACCAGAAUACCAACACAUCCGCCUGGUUUCUCUUUUUGUCCUGCACCCGUGCCUUCGCCCUGUGGACGGACAUGCUGUGCAUUGUCUACAUGACGGCAGUGACCUUUAGUUUCCUGCUGCUGAAGAACGAGUUCGACAGUGGAGACGUGGGAUUAGCCAUACUGCACUCGACCACAAUGACGGGAAUGUGUCAAUGGGGUAUGCGGCAAACUGCGGAGCUGGAGAACCAGAUGACAAGCGUGGAGCGAGUGCUGGAAUACACGGAGCAGCCGUCCGAGGCGCCGCUGGAGACCCCAGAGAAGUUCAAGCCAAAGACCGAGUGGCCCAGCAAGGGUCGCAUCGAGUUCAUCAACUUUAAGCUACGCUACUCGCCCAAAGAGGCACCAGUGCUGAGGGACCUCAACUUUACGAUCGAGUCGCGCGAAAAGAUUGGCAUUGUGGGCCGCACUGGCGCAGGCAAAUCGUCCAUCAUCCAGUCCAUCUUUCGAUUGGCAUGCAACGAGGGCAUGAUUCGCAUUGAUGAUGUGGACAUUGAGCACAUUGGGUUGCACGAUUUGCGUAGUCAGAUUUCGAUUAUACCCCAGGAUCCGGUUCUGUUUUCUGGCACAUUGCGCUACAACCUGGACCCCAUGGACGAACGUUCGGAUGAGGAGAUGUGGAAGGCUCUGGGCGAUGUGGAGCUGCGCUCGUAUGUGUCCACUUUAAUCGGUGGACUGAACUGUCGGAUGUACGAUGGCGGCUCCAACUUCAGUGUGGGCCAGAGGCAGCUAGUGUGCCUGGCGAGGGCCAUUCUGAGGCACAAUAAGAUACUGAUCAUGGACGAGGCCACCGCCAACGUUGAUCCAGAAACUGAUAAGCUUAUCCAGCAGACCAUCCGCUCCAAGUUUGCUCACUGUACUGUUUUGACAAUAGCCCAUCGCUUGCACACCGUAAUGGAUAGUGACCGAGUGCUGGUGAUGGAUGCUGGCGAGGCUCGCGAGCUCGGACAUCCGUACGAGCUGCUGCAGCGACCCGGAGGAUACCUGCGCCAGUUGGUGGACAAUACGGGUGCGGCCACCUCCUACGCCCUGCAACAGGCGGCGGAACAGAGCUACAGCAAACAGCUUCUGGGCGAUGACACGACCGCCGAGGAUCUAAACAUCACACUGGCCAUGGAGGAGAAGUCCCAGUGACCGAGACGCACACUCCCCUACUUGUAAAUUUGCCCAAGGGUUAGAUCAUAAGAACUGAAAGUAUUAUGUACAUAAAAGAGUUGUACUUAAAGCUAACGAACUACCUAUUGCCUUGUACUUACGGAAUAUUUGUAAGCUUGUUUAUCGCCACGAAUUUAUGUAUGUAUCUGUUCCAUAAAGUACCAAGUACCGAGUAUGAAUCACCUAUGUUUUGUACGUCAUGUGUUCAAUUGGCAAACCGAUCAAAAGCAAUUUGCAAACGCCGUGCACAAAUCAGAGCAAGUUCAAUCAAACAAAGACAAAUAGUUUGUUAGGUUACUUUUUUAAAAUAUGUAGCUAAUGUAGGAUUACAACAUCGUACUUAUAGAUACGUACAAUCUCAAUAAAGUGCCUGAGAAUUA